GUUGAUGUUUUGGGGUGGCGACGGUUACCAGGGCAGCCGCAGGAUCGGGUACAGGGAUAAAUAAACAUACACUGAGAGUUAUCGUCUUUAGAUACAUUUGAAAACUGUAUAAAUAUGCAAAACACAGUCACAGUGGUAUUUUACAGUGUUUAUUUUAUCUUUCUAAAUACCGAUAACAGAAAAAAAGAUAUUCACAUGCACAUAUGAAAUCAAAUAUAAUAGAGCAGAAUGCAAUCAAGUGCAUUACGUAUACACGUAUAAGUACUGUACUGAAUAUUUUAAGUUCUUACUGUUAUUAAAUAUGUAAACUGCAAUUCAUUUUUUAAGGUAACGUACGGGAGGCGGUGCAUCAGCAGUGUGGUAAACACGGUUUGCAGCACAGUGUCCGGAUUGCUGGGCUCGCGUUCUCCCUGUUUUAUUAGUCGCUGUUGUUCUUGCUUGCGUUUUGAAUCAGUUGUCAGCAGUACCGUGCCGUUGUUGUUUGCUGUGGUGCUUGCAGGACCAGGGCUGUGCAGAAUGGCAGGCACUGUUCUGGGAGUGGGGAUCGGAGUGGUUCUUAUUGCAGUCGUUUGGUGUGUGGCGCUAGUUCUUUGCUUGCUGCUCUGCAGGGCGUCUGGAUCGGCCAAGUUCGCUGUGAUCCCAGUGUUUCUCAUUGCUCUGAUCAUCACUCUGGUCCUCAUCUUCUUCCCCCGGGCCUCUGAGACACCAUCUGCAGUCACACAAGGGGUGAUUGUGGAUACCUUCUUUAUCGGACGUUACUUCCUGGUGUCAAUCAUGGGUGUGAUUUUCCUUGCCAGUCUCUUCCUGGUGCUGCCUUUCCACAUUCUGGAGCCAGUCUAUGCCAAGCCGCUGCGGGCACGCUAGGGGGCACAGCCAGGGAAAGGCGCAAGCUCAUAGGGACAGCAGCAGUUAGCUCUGUCUGUAAGGUACAGACUGGCCCAUGUGUAAAGCUGAACAUUGAGCAUUCAUCAUUCUCCCUUUCUCUGCACCCCCUAGCAUUGGGCACUCCAAGUAACACAGUCACCAGAAACUGAGACAGGUUUUAAGUAUAUCCUCUGUAGGUAGCGGAAGCUUUUUUCAUUUGCCUACUUCUCUUAUAUUUUUACUUCUGUGUGAUCAUUUUACUGUUUCAAGCCAAAAGACAAUGAUAAAAGGAUAUUGAGGAGCACUUAGUACCCACAGACCAACAAUGGAGGGGAGUUUGUGAAUGACGCCGUUGUUCCAGGACUAUUUUACUACUUUUGUGCUUAUAGUUAAUACAUGUUUUAAUGUAAUGUUUCAUAACCUAUUUUAUUUGAUUGUUUUGUAUUUUCUACAU